GUUAGGUGUUGGCUCUUGCCCCAUCGAUGAAAUAAAUUUCAAUCAUGAGUUUUCAAAUUUAUAGUAUCAUUUGGCCAUACAUAAUCAAAUUUUGCGCGUUCAAGCUCACUUGGAUCUUUGCCUUUGUCGUCGUUUGUAUCUCCAGUUUCAUCGUGAUAGUGGUACUUGUGAAAAUUUGCUAUAACUCAAUUAAUUUAAAAACUCUAAGAAAUUCAUUUGCCUUGCAGUACAAAAAUCAAAUGGAAGAGCUGAAAAAUUGCGUUUUUUAUCAAGACCCAGCAGAGGUUAGUUGUGUGAGAAAAUUAAAAAAUAAAUGUCAACUUGAAAUGUCUAAUUAUGGAAUUAUUUUGAAAAGAGCGCCGACGAGCCACUGCAAGAGCUUCGACAACGACUGGGAGAGAAUCAGAUCGCAGUAA